AUGGCUGCACGGAGUGCUCAAAUUGAAUGCACUAAGUCCGUUAAGUGUUGCUUCGCCAAAUGCCUCCGUCUCCGUGCCAGGCUGCAUGUCAAAGGCAAGCGAUGUAUCUUCGGCCAUGGCGUUCAACCUGGAGAAAUACGCUUGCACCAGAAUCUUCACCAUCCGAAUAUCGUGGAGUUGAUCGAUACUUUUCACGACGACAGCAGCAAGAUGGUGUCCCUGGUUCUGGAGUUCUGCAAAGGUGGAGACCUGUUGGAAGUGAUGUCACGCCAUCGUGAAAAGAACAGCAAAGGACUCAGAGAAUCUGCGACACGAAGGGCCAUGAAGCACACGUUUCAAGCGCUGGCCUACCUUCACGAACAAGGCGUGGUGCAUCGAGACGUGAAGUGUGAGAAUGUGUUCAAAGUUGAGGCGCCCAAUACCGUCGACCUGGAGGAUUGUACGUACAAGCUGGGUGAUUUCGGCCUUGCUGCGUGCGUGAUGCCUGACGAGGUGUUGAUGGACCAGGUGGGCUCUCCUUCGACUUCAGCUCCGGAAGUCGUGCGAGGGCGCCCCUAUGGCAAGCCGGCCGACAUGUGGUCUGCAGGAGCUGCAAUCUACACGCUCCUUGCGGGCAGGAGGCCCUUUGAAGCUUCCAGCUACAUGCAGAUGGUGAGGGUCAUGAGCAAGGUCGAGGUGUCCUUCAGCGACGACACCUGGUCUCGAACCUCGAAGGCUGCAGUCGAUCUCUUGGGCGAGUUGAUGCAGGAAGCGCCGGAGAAACGGCCUUCAUCUUGCAACAUUCUGAAGCAUCCGUGGUGCCAACGAGAACAUCGUGCAUGCACAACCUCCUAA